GUGAUAUGUAUGAAAUUGGUGCCGAAACGGGACGGUAUUAUUCAGUUAAUGUGCCUUUAAAGGAAGGAAUCGACGAUCAGAGUUAUUUUCAAGUUUUUAAACCAGUUAUUCAAUCAGUUAUGGAGUUCUAUCAACCUACUUGUAUUGUUUUACAGUGUGGUGCCGACUCCUUAGCCGGAGACAGAUUAGGAUGUUUCAAUUUAAGUAUAAAAGGACAUGGUGAAUGUGUCAAAUUUGUUAAAGAAUUAAAUCUUCCCUUACUUGUUCUCGGUGGCGGCGGCUACACCGUUCGUAAUGUGGCUCGAUGUUGGACGUACGAAACUUCGUUACUAGUAGAAGAAGCCGUCAGUAGCGAAAUACCUUACAAUGAAUAUUUUGAAUACUUUGCACCUGACUUUACAUUGCAUCCUGAAGUUGUUACAAGGCAAGAAAAUGCAAAUAGUAAACAGUAUCUGGAUGCUAUUGUAAAAGCAGUGACAGAGAAUCUAAAAUGUCUUGCUCAUGCUCCCAGCGUGCAGAUGCAAGAUGUUCCUCCGGAUAUGUUAAAUUUAGAAAAUACCGAAGAACCGAAUUUAGACUCGCGUGGUUCUCAGAACGAGACAGAAACAAAUGAAUGUGUCAAAUUUGUUAAAGAAUUAAAUCUUCCCUUACUUGUUCUCGGUGGCGGCGGCUACACCGUUCGUAAUGUGGCUCGAUGUUGGACGUACGAAACUUCGUUACUAGUAGAAGAAGCCGUCAGUAGCGAAAUACCUUACAAUGAAUAUUUUGAAUACUUUGCACCUGACUUUACAUUGCAUCCUGAAGUUGUUACAAGGCAAGAAAAUGCAAAUAGUAAACAG